AUGGAGCAUCAAGAUAGCCAUAAGGAAUUCACGUCUUCUUCUACCAUAUCAUUCGUCGAAUCUAGCACAGAAGAGAAGGGAGGAAGAACUAGAAGAAAAUCCUUCUUCAGAAGAAACGGUCUUCUGAAGGUGAAUCACAGUUCUAGUGAUGCAGACAUAUCAGCGAUUGAAUAUGAACGUCAACAAUUAUGUAGCGAGGUUGACUGUCCAGGCGACACGCGUACUAAGGUAUCGUCAUGA